AUGGACAGCUCAUUUAAAGAAGCGUGGCAGCAGCUUGCUGCUGGCGAGGCUGCGCUGCAGCAGCUGCAGCAGCAGCUGCUGCUGCUGCAGCAGCAGCAGCAGCAGCAGGAGCAAGAACAAGAACAAGAACAACAGCACAACCAACGGCAGAAACAACAGCAGCAACAGCAACAACAACAACAACAACAACAACAGCAGCAGCAGCAGCAGAAGCAGCAGCAGCAGCAGCAGCAGCAGCAGCAGCAAGGUGAUUUAUUGAUUUGUUGGCCGAACAAAUUCGAGCGGCUGGGCGAUUUAAUUUUGCUGCAGCAGAAGAGCCUACAACCAAUACAACAGCUACAACUAGCGUAA